AUGGCCAAGCCAGGGGCGAAGGUGGGCGCUUCCAGGGCUCAGCCGGUGCUGACCCAGCCACCCUCCAUAUCGGUGCUGCCCGGGCAGACCGCUCGGCUGUCCUGCACCCUGAGCCCCCAGUACAACAUCAGCAAGUUCGGCAUCUCCUGGUACCAGCAGCGUCCAGGCCACUCCCUGAGGUAUCUGCUCUACUACAACUCCGAGCGAGACAAGCACAAGCCCGCCAUGAUUCCUGACCGCUUCUCUGCUACCAAAGACCUCGCCAGUAAUGCCUGCAUCCUCAUCAUUGCAUCUAUCCGCCCUGAAGACAAUGGCAACUAUUACUGCUCCCUGUCACGUGCCUUCAACUGGUUUUAG